GUGGUCCCCUCCCACCACCUUCUAACAUGUAUAUAAACUGUCAGCUCCCCAGACCCUCUGCCAGUUCUCUCUUCUAGACUUGCCAGAAGCAGCAGAGGACUAAAGAUGAAGAUCUUUUUCUUAUUCACCUUUUCGACUUUUUUGUUGUCUGUUUUUGAACCAGCAGCUGCUUUUGCUCACUAUGACAAGAUUUUAACUCACAGUCGAAUAAGGGCACGCGACCAGGGCCCAAAUGUCUGUGCUCUUCAGCAAGUUAUGGGAACAAAAAAGAAAUACUUCAGCACCUGCAGAAACUGGUACCAGCAAGCCAUCUGUGGAAAGAAAGCGACUGUCUUAUAUGAGUGCUGUCCUGGCUAUAUGAAGAUGGAUGGUACAAGAGGAUGUCCUGCAGUUGCUCCUAUUGAUCACGUGUAUGGCACUCUGGGUAUUGUGGGCGCCACCUCCACUCAGCAGUACUCAGACAUAUCAAGGCUGAGAGAAGAGAUUGAGGGACGAGGGUCAUUCACUUUCUUUGCACCAAGCAAUGAAGCCUGGGACCAACUAGAUUCAGAAAUUCACAGGAAUUUGGUUGACAAUGUAAAUAUUGAACUGUACAAUGCUCUCCACCACCACAUGUUAAACAAGCGCAUGCUGACAAAAGAUCUGAAGAAUGGCUUGACCCUGGUGUCUAUGUACAAUGGCCAGAAAUUGCUUAUUAACCAUUAUCCUAAUGGGGUUGUUACAGUUAACUGUGCCAGGAUCAUCCAUGGCAAUCAGAUUGCUACCAAUGGUGUUGUGCACGUUGUUGAUCGUGUCCUGACUGCUGUUGGAAAUACCAUUCAAGACAUCAUUGAAUCUGAGGAGGAUCUUUCAUCGUUUAGAGAUUCUGCCAUUACAUCAGGUGUCAUGGAUAUUCUUGGAAGACCUGGUCAUUACACACUCUUUGUUCCUACUAAUGAAGCUUUUCAGAGACUUCCAAGGGGAUUUUUUGAAAGAAUCAGGCAUGACAAGGUGGCUUCUGAAGCUCUUGUGAAGUUCCAUAUAUUAAAUACUCUGCAGUGCUCAGAAGCCAUCACAGGUGGAGCUGUCUAUGAAACCCUGGAAGGAAACACUAUUGAAGUUGGCUGUGAUGGUGAAAGUCUGACUGUGAACGGAGUGAAAAUGGUGAAACGCAAAGAUAUUGUGGCAAGCAAUGGUGUUAUCCACUUCAUUGAUCAAGUGCUAAUUCCUGAUUCUGCCAAACAAGUAAUUGAGCUUGGAGGGGCUCAGCAGACUACAUUUACUGACCUGGUGGCACAGCUAGGCCUGGCAUCUUCUCUAAGGCCAGAAGGCCAAUACACUCUCCUGGCUCCUCUGAAUGGUGCUUUCUCAGAUGACACCUUAAGGCUGGAUCAACGUCUUCUUAAAACAAUCCUGCAGAAUCACAUCAUAAAAGUGAAAGUUGGGCUCAAUGAACUGUACAAUGGACAAGAGCUGGAAACAAUUGGAGGAAAACUCCUUAGAGUCUUUGUGUAUCGCACAGCUGUAUGUAUUGAAAAUUCAUGCAUGGUCAGAGGAAGCAAAGAAGGAAGAAAUGGUUUCAUUCACAUCUUCAGACAGAUCAUCAAUCCAGCAGAAAAGACAUUGCAUGAAAUGCUGAGGAAUGAUAAGCGUUUUAGCAUUUUCCUCAGUCUGGUGAAAGCUGCAGAUUUGGAUGAAGUUCUGUCACGGCCUGGACAGUGGACUCUCUUUGUCCCAACUAAUGAUGCCUUUAAAGGUUUGACUGAUGAUGACAAGGACAUACUGAUAAGAGACAAAAAUGCUCUCAGGAAUAUUCUUCUUUACCACUUGACACAAGGAGUUUUCAUUGGAAGUGGCUUUGAGCCUGGUGUAACCAAUAUUCUUAAAACCAUCCAAGGAGGCAAACUCUACUUGAAAACAGUGAAUGAUACCCUUCUGGUUAAUGAGCUGAAAUCAAGAGAAUCUGAUCUCAUGGCAACAAAUGGUGUCAUUCAUGUCAUUGACAAACUCCUAUACCCAGCUGAAAUGCCCGUUGGAAAUGAUCAGCUGCUCACAAUAUUGAAGAAGUUGAUUAAAUACAUUCAAAUUAAGUUUGUUCGUGACAGUACCUUCAAAGAGAUUCCACUGACAUUUUACAAAAUUAACAUAAUUGAAAGCAACGUCCAGCCUAUCAUCAAAAAGGAAGACCCAUCUAUCACACAGCUCACUAAAUUAAUUGAAGGGGAACCUGAUUUCAAAAUAGUCAGGGAAGGGGAGACAAUAACUAAAGUGAUUCAUGGAGAUCCAAUUAUUACAACAUACACCAAAAUAAUUGAUGGACGACCUGUGGAAGUGACAGAGAAAAAAGUAACUGAAGAAAGAAUUAUUCAAGGUCCUGAAAUAAAAUAUACCAGAAUUACUGCAGGGGGUGCAGACAACGAAGAGAAGUUAAAGAAAAUCCUUGAAGAAGAGGUUACGAAAGUGACCAAAUUUAUUGAAGGUGAUGGUCAUUUACUGGAAGAUGAAGAAAUCAAAAGACUUCUGCAGGGAGCUGGAACUGAGUACACCAAGGUUACUAAAGUAAUUGAGGGAGAGCCACAGAUUAUCGAGAGAGAAAUCAAGAGAGUUCAUCUGGAAGAUGCACCUGUACGGAAAGCACAACCAGCCAGGAGGACACAAGGAGGAGCAGCAAGAAGGAGGACAAGACUAGAUCAUUCCUAAAACUUGCCAAGACAGAAUUCACAGAAUUACAAAUUAGCAACAUGGUCUUUGAGAGGAACUGUUUGGGUUUUUUGUUUGUUUUUUUUUUUUAAUGAGAACAUUAGAAAAUGACUUUGUUUUGAUGACAUAAUGUAAACUGAACCAUGAAUCCACAAAAAGAUGUGAAGCUGCAGAUACUCACUGCCAGCACAGUGCUCACUAGGAGCAGCCCAUUGAAGGUGCUUUUACUGCUCUUGAUAGUAAGCACAAUGUAGGAUGGGAUCCUGGAAGCCCAAAAACUUCUGUAGAACCAGGAUUCCUUCUUCUGCUGGCUAGUAAGUGCUUGCAGGAUUGGAUUAAAAAUGAGCAGGGAACAAUACAGAGUGUAUUUUUUUAUUAUUAUUAUUAUUUCCACUAAAUAAGAAAUAUAAGGGGAAAAAAAAGAAUCACCUCAGGUGACUUUUAUAGUAAUCUAAGGAAAUAUGAGAUGUUAACAUAGCACUUUUGGUUCAGUAGUAUUAUAUGCUUUUUAUAAGUCACAAUUCCUCAUGUGUUUAAAUUGGUAAUAUCAGUAACAUUACCUUUUCUAAGCAAACAAAUAUGCCUUAUAUUAAUCUAUCAUGUUUGGUUUUUUUUGUCCUAUAUUGCAUAUCCAAAUGCCUUCUAGUAACUUGGCUAAGGGAAGCUCUUGGAAAAAGCAAAAAUGCAAAUAUUAUGAGCUUCUUGCAACGUACUAGAGAUCAUGUUGACUUCUUUAUAAGAAAUCACAUUCCCAUUAAAGGAAUCCUAUAACAAUACAUAUACUGAGAUUUUUAUGUGUUUUCCCAUUUUUCCCUAAUGUGUCUUUUGAUUAUUAAAGUGGAUUAUAAAAGCAAUAAACAAAAUGCAUGCAAACAGUUAACUCAGCAUGGGAAAAGGUCUUACAAAAAUGAGGCCAGGUCUUAAAGCUUUUGUAUCAAAACAUGCUUUGCUAAUAUCUGGUACUAAUGUGGAGUUUUCUGUAAAUUGUGUCAAUUUUAUAACUCUAAUUUUGUAUUCGUAGAAAUUGCCUUUAUCAACAAAAGAUGAAAGACAAUUAUUCAUGGAGUAGAAAAAACCUGCUUAAAGUUCCUUAAUUUUGUAGACCAAAUCAUCAGAGGCAUUGUCUAACAUGCUUUUCUACUUCUGUUUUGAAACAAAUACUCAAUAAAAAAUUUGGCUGAACUGUG